UAACUGGCCUCAUCUACUAAUUGGCCUCAUCUACUAAUUGGCCUCAUCUACUAAUUGGCCUCAUCUACUAACUGGCCCGACUGGGUGUUCAAGUAAACUGUUCAGACAAAAAUGAUGGAAACAAUGACAUCCACCUACACUCCAUUAGCGAGGCGUAUCCGCCAAGCUGCCCAAUUCGUAGGCGACUACUUUGACGACGAGAAAAUGUCCCCAUAUCCUAUCCUCGCAUUCCUCUCGAACAAACUAGACCGUCCACCGUCUGUCCUCGCCCAUUCGUUCUUGCUGCUCCUCCUCUCUGGAGUUUUGCUGAAUCCUUACCACCUUUCGGGAGUUAUCGUCAAUAUCCUCGGUCUCCUCUGGCCAGGAUGGUUGACGAUUAGGCAUAUAUCUUCUCUCCAAGCCUCAUCGGAUGCGAAAGUGAAUCCCAAGCCCAAAUUCUUGGCCAGAGCCAGGGUAAGGACGACCAGGACAGGAGAAAAGGAGUGGCCAUCCCAAACGAAACGACUAAUAGACUACUGGAUCCUGUACUCAUUUUCUACAGUUGUCGAAUCAACGGUCGCACAAGAUACCCUCCUUGCUUUGAUACCCCUCUGGUGGGCUUUCAAAAUCCUCGCCAUCGUCUGGGGAUCUAUCAGUCUUAGUCUUGGUGCUGCUGAUGCUGCCGGUGCUUCUAGUGGGGCAAAGGAAAAGACGAGACCGAGACCGCUCAAGCUGCGUACAAACUCCAACCUGAUCCGUAUCCCUUCCCCAACCAUCGCUAAAACUUCUCAAACCGCUUACGGGGAUAUCGACUCUUCUUCUUCUUCUUCUUCUCCCUCCCAACACUCUUCCUCUGCCACUGCAGUCGACACGUCCUAUACCAACCCUUACCCCGGGAUCUCCACUGGCACUGGCACUGGCACUGGCACUCGUACAGGAGCAGCGGCGGAGACGGGUCCUACCCCGAAUAGCCCCGAGCUUCAAGCUUCAAGGGAUGAACUCGGGCAGAUCAGUCCAGUCUUAUCCCGUACCCCUGAACAUUUACGCCCACGCCAUGAGUCCGCAGGACCUGAAGGGAAAGAAGAAGGGCCAGCGACGGCGACGAGUGAAUAUGGGAGUGGAGUAUUUGGGUUGAGUGAGGUGGAUCGGGAGUCUGAAAUCUCUGAUUCUGACUCUGACUCUGACACUGGUCCUGAUUCCGACUCCAACUCUGAGACGGAUCCUGGUUCCGGUUCCGAGUCGGAUUCCAACACAAACUCUGACUCUGACGCUAGGUCCGACUCUGACCCUAAUGCCCCUUUCUCAGACUCAUCACCUCUCCCUCGUCCCCCUUCCCCUUCCCCCUCCCUUGCCACUAACCCUACUAGCCCUAACACAAGUGCACGCCCCAGCCACUCCAACAACCCCAACCCCAACCCCAACCCCAUCACAGCCAACGCCGCCAACGCCGCCUUCACGGACGACUCUAACGACAUCCGUCUACCUCUGGAUACACCGCUUGAUGAGUUGGCAUUGAGGGGUUUGAAGACUAUCGAGCUUGAAGUGGAGGAGGAAGAGGAAGAGCAAGAUGGAGAUGGACAGGCGGAAAUUGGGCAUUGGGAAGGAAGGGAGGGGCGGGAAAAGGAAAAGAGUAUGAAGAUCGAUCCCGCCCCAGUUCCUUCAUCCCCCGGCAACCCUACCAAGCCUCCCGCCACUCGUCCCCAAAAUCCGCUGGGAGAAAUGGGCGAAGGGAGUAUCACCCGCCUCACGCUCGAUGACCUUCUCGCACUCGAGGACAAUGGAUCCUUUUCCCCGCCCCCCCCCCCCUCCCGACCGGUAUGAAAGGUAUGACCAGCAGGAGCGAAAGGAAUGAUAAGAGUGCUGGUAUUAGUGGAUUCGGCAGUAAGGAGAUUACGUUGGAUGGGUUUGAAGAGAUGUAUGCUGGUGGUGACGGUAGGGGGCUUGUGGGUAAUACAGAUCCAAAGAGGAAGGAGAUUGUACCGGGCUUCGAACCUUUGCAAACUCAAAAGGCGAGUUCGGCGGGGGAUGUUCAAGUGUGAUCAGAAUUUGUAGGACAGUUAGUUGAUUGAUUAUGCAUUU